AUGACGCCUUCGCUACAGAGCUUCCUCGACUCUCCUUCCGACCUUGACUCUGACUUAUCUGAGCCGCCAGAGGAUUUCAAUAAUAUGCAGUCGUCCCUUGAGGCAGAACUCAAGCAGAUAUCCCUUGAGAGUCCUUGCUUCAUGCACAGCUCAAAGUCAGGCCUCAAGAGGAAAUCAGCCACCUCGUCACAGCUCGAGGGGGAUUGGGCCAAUGAUGCUGGCGAUGCUGACAACUACCGUUUGUCUCGGUUCAAGAAACAAAGGCUACACAAUUUCCGCAGCCAGUUCGAAGAUAUUCCUAUCGAGGUGGGUCACGUUGCCUACAAUGACUUUGAUGCUGUUCCUGACGGUGGACAGAUCCUAAACCUGGUCGUCUCCUACCUCGUCGACGAUCGUGACCUUGUCAACUUGAUUGAGACCUGCACCAGGUUUGCCCGUGCCCUUGCACCUGCAUCAUCCGCCAUCUGGAAAGAGAGAUUCCUCUCUCGAUAUGAUUACGCCUAUGUACGCAGACCAACUGAAUAUGCCAUUGCCUAUCAAUUGAGACGCCUGGUCCUCGCACACUUCGUUCCGUUCACAACACCCAAUGACAGACGACUGGCGAUUCAGCUGGAAGUCCUGAAGGAUAUGAUCCUCGAGACAUAUCUCCAGCCUCGACCUCAUCUUGAUCCGCCAUUGACCUCGCGGAAUCUUGCCGUGUUUGCCUCUCCCGGCAACUCGCCGUGGAUGCGGAUCUUCCUAUCCUGUUUCUUCUUUCCCAAACCUGGCCGCCGAUAUGGCCAACCUCACGCUAUGUUCGAUGCCGUCCAACUCGUCUUUUCACACCUCCUGUUGUCUCCCGAGUCGAAGAUGGCACACGUCAUUGACUCGUCGAGAGAAAAUUACAAUCUGGCCGUGGUGUACAACUGGGACAAGCCAUUCAGCACUCUGUUUCGUCGUCUUCCUGAAGAGAACGAGGGCCGUGACUCGGUGCAUGGCAGACGGCAGAGAGAACUUUCCAAUCUCAGACCCCGAAAAUCGACUUGGCCGUUUCAAGUUGAAGCCCCCAAGGCCAAGUACGAGCUGGACACGCACGCCCUUCUGCAUAUCCGAAACUUUUGGCAUCGACAUCUGAUCGAUGACAGCGACAGCGACAGCGCCAGACUCAUCGGUUCCAGACAGAUGGGCGUGAUGGGAGAAAACACGUACGCGAAAAUGGCGAGACACCUGAGAAGUGCGGGAAUUGCGGCCAAAAUGUGGGAGAGGCCGCUGAAGGAUGACAUGAAACAAAUGGCGACCGAAUGGUACGGCCAUUGGAGUUGUGUUCAUCCAUGGCCCAGGAAACGACAAGAACUGGAGGAAAUGCAGAGCUGUGCCGAAGACUGGGAGAGCAUCGACCCGAUGAAGCUCGACUUCUCCACCACCACCAAUAAUCAAGUGGACGGAUUCUGGUCCCCGAUCUUCAGCGCCAUCCCGGCAUUCGCAAAGACCAUUCCCGAAUCUGGGCCCUGCGUCUUCAUUCGAGGUCUUGCUCCAUUUGUUGAGCUUCCUUCAUGGCGCGAUGGGAAAAGUUUGGCAUCGACCUCAACCACCUCCCAGUCCCGGUCCUACUCCCACUCCCAGGCGACUCUGACCACACCCAGACUGCCCAAGUACCAUCCAUACCUUUCCCUCCGUCUUCGGGGCGUCAUCCACUCGAUACCAAGCCAACCAACACCUGAGACGGUCGGACUUGGCUCUGACGCGGACGGCAUCCCAGGCUGGAGUAGAAUCGUCAUGGUUCUGUACAAGCCGUCGAAGCGAUAUCUGAUCCAGGUUCUAGAGCACGCCGAGGAAGAAUAUGGCGGACAAUUCGGACCUGUGGUGACCAGCCAGCUACUUCAAACAGCACAAGCGCAAGCUCAGGCCGGCCAACAGGCAGCAAAUCCUGGUGCCGGCCAAGCCGCGGACGUCGAUGCCUCGGAACUGGAGGCCCAGCUCGAGUCGUACUUGCGGCAGAAACUGGUUUCCAAGCCGGAAUGGCGCGACCCGGCACGAAUGGACCGAGAGGUGAUUGAAGACAUUGAAGAGAAAUUCCGCCUCAGCGAAUUCCUCGACUGGAACGACAUGGACUACGCGUAUGCGUACGAAGGCGUCAUCUUACCUGGCGGCAAGAUCAUGAUGGGCCGCUGGUGGAGAUGCGGCAUGUUCGGACAAGGGGACGGCUUGGAGUUGGGUGCUGAUGGCCAGCCGGUCGAUCUGGGGUUGGGUCUGGAUUCGACUCUCCUGGCUAGCGACGGCGACAACGACGGCGACGUCGAUGGUGGGCAGACCCCCGACACUGGAAUUGGAAUGUCGGUUGACAGAGAUGGAGAUGGAGAUGGAGAUGGCGUUGGUGUCACCAUCACUACUGGUCUAGGCCAUGAAGACGGAGAUUCCGCGGAUCCCACCAACAAUACAGAUGACAAUGAGUCGGAAACGGAAUCCCCGGUCAACGUCGCCAAUGCCAAUGCCAAUGCGGCCGGAAGUGCAGCCCGUGACAAGAAGCUGGAAAGAGGGCCGUUUGUGUUUUGGUGCUGA